CAGCACCCAUGACCUAAACGUUGUCUCACCAGAACCACUGUCCGCUAGCUAGUUUAGCAUCAGUCUGGAUCAUCGAGGAGCUAACCUAAAUAUCUGUCUACUCUCUUUGGUUAUGUAUUUCGCUUGAAUUUGCUGAAGUUACCAGUCGUCCAAGUGACUACAUUGAAGAUGCAGUUCAUGCUGUUAUUCAGCCGGCAGGGAAAGCUGCGGUUACAGAAAUGGUAUGUGCCUCUGUCUGACAAGGAGAGGAAGAAGAUCUCCAGAGACCUGGUCCAGACCAUACUGGCCAGGAAGCCCAAGAUGUGCAGCUUCUUGGAGUGGAGGGACCUCAAGAUUGUGUACAAAAGAUAUGCGAGCCUGUAUUUCUGCUGUGCAGUCGAGGAUCAGGAUAAUGAGCUGAUCACCCUGGAGAUCAUCCAUAGAUACGUGGAGCUGCUUGACAAAUAUUUUGGCAGUGUGUGCGAGUUGGAUAUUAUCUUCAACUUUGAGAAGGCCUACUUUAUUCUGGAUGAGUUCCUGCUGGGCGGAGAGGCCCAGGAGACUUCCAAGAAGAACGUGCUGAAAGCGAUCGAGCAAGCUGACCUGCUGCAGGAGGAGGCCGAGGCACCACGGAGCGUUUUAGAAGAAAUUGGGCUAACAUAAAUCAUCAUGCUGCUGCUUCGCAGUUCCUUCUUCCAGAUGCCGAUCUGGCAACCUCCAUGUCUAUCCUGUCUCCUCAUGUUCACUGUCAGUGUUGUAUGCAUAUAAUCACCAUCUAUCUAUGUGCUGUAUUACUCUGUACUGUAUUAUCCAGUAAUGUCUUUAAAUGUGGUGCCAACUGUG